UUCCAGUCCAAGAUGGCUAGCGACUUGCCUAUCCAGGGCUGUCAUCGUGCCCCUAACCAGAUCGGAGCCAUCUGAAACUUGCUCCAUCUUCACGCAUGACUGGCUUACAACUGCUACUCCACAAUCAUAAAAAUAGCGCUGGCGCCAUUUCUUCAAGGCCUACAUCCAGAUAUAAAUUCCUCCAAAUCCACAUCAUGUAAACAAUCCUCCAGAAUUCAGAAUCGAAUCAGCUCUGCUAUCACUACCACUACCUCCAUAAUGAAGAUAACCCCCCUACUAUUCCUCGCCGCGGGCCUUGCCCAAACCCAUGCAUUCCCAUCACAAGGAGGAGCACCGCACCCACUACCCUGGUCCCCUCCAGGCCCAAACGAUGUCCGCGCCCCCUGCCCAAUGCUCAACACCCUCGCCAACCACGGUUAUCUCCCCCACAACGGCAAGGACAUCACUGAGCAACACACCAUCAACGCCCUCUACAACGCCCUCGGCAUCGAUGCAGAACUCGCCACAUACCUCCACCAGGAAGCAGUCACCACCAACCCAGCCCCAAACGCUACUACUUUCUCCCUCAAUGAUCUGAGUCGUCAUGACAUCCUUGAACAUGAUGCUAGUUUGAGUCGUCAGGAUGCCUUCUUCGGCGACAACCACGACUUCAACCAAACCAUCUUCGACGAGACCCGCUCAUACUGGACCUCUCCCAUCAUCGACGUGAAGCAGGCUGCUCUGUCCCGCCAAGCACGCGUGAACACUUCCAUGGCUACCAAUCCGAAUUAUACCAUGUCCGAGCUGGGUGCGUCGUUUAGCUAUGGGGAGACAGCGGCGUAUAUCAUUGUUCUUGGGGAUAAGGAGAAUGGUUUGGUGAAUCGGUCGAGGGUGGAGUAUCUUUUUGAGAAUGAACGUCUUCCGCUGGAUCUUGGGUGGACUCGUGCGAAGGAGAAUAUCACGUUUGAUGAUUUGAGUACGAUGUUGAAUAGGAUUGUUAAUGCCACGGGUGGGGAGAGCGAGUUUGACAGGGAGUUGGCGAAGAGGGGUGGGGUGCACGUUGGGAAGUGGAGAGAGUAGAUGGGCUUUGUUCGAAGUGGGUGGAUUCAGAGUGGGUUAGAUGUUCACUACAGGAAGUGUAUAUCGGUCUGAUUAAUAGGUGGGUAUAAAGAGGGCUUUGAGUUGUGACAUAUCUUGCUGUUAUGAUUGGCAUAUACGAGUUGCGUC